UAUAAAUUAAUAAAAGGGGCAAGAUGGUCUUCUCUUCAUCAUACCGAGUACUAUCUGAAUCUUGUGCUCUGGCUUGAGCAAAAGUACUCAUUGUUCUGCAGCCAUGGCUGCUGCUAAAGGAGGAGUAAAUUUUAUCAAGUACUAUUUCUAUGAGGGCAACACAAUCACUGCUGCUCGGAAAAGCGCAUUAGUUUCCCUGGCCUACGCAACUGCCCGAGACCAACAGCAGGCACCUAAGGCAAUUCUCAUUCGAGCUGACAUCCAUAAUACAACUACCAUCGAUGGCAUGCAUACCGAGGACCCCAAAGGCUGGCAUGGCACCUUUGCCUUCAAGACCGACACUCAGGACAGUACUCCUCGGGGUGGAAAGAAGUCGGGAAAGGUUGUUUGGCCAGACGAGCAUCUACUGGAAGAAUAUAAGGGUAACCCCAUUGGUUACUCGCACCUCCCCGAGCAGAAUUGA